UCUUUGUUGGCUUCAACCUCUCUUUUCAACCAUGUCAGCGCUUUUCCGGUAGUCACAUAUCUAACAACAUAGCACCAAGCCCCUCAUCCUCGACUCAUAAAUUUAACUGGCUUCGUUAGGCACCUUUGCUUGUUUUGAGAGUUCCGCAACAAGCCCCAUCGUCCAACGGUUUCCAUGCCAAGUGAUUCCAUCCUGAUUCUGCAGUACCCGUUUCGAACCUCGGCUGUCCUACACAAGCGAUACCAUGCAGACAUCCUUGCCACCAUUGGACGCGGCGUGGGAUCCGACCCUGCAGACUGAGGACGGCGAGGAAUACUGCUGGACGCCGUUGCAGCUUGCCUCGAGAGGCGGAGAAAUAGACAAGAUAAGGGAAAUCCUUGCCGCCAACCCAGCCGCCGUCAACGAACCCCCGUGCGGAUACUACGGCCAGACGGCCAUCCAAGCUGCAUGCAUGCAUGGUCACGAACAGGCCGUCCAGAUGUUGGUCGACGCCGGAGCCGAUAUCCACUUCUGCAACGGGAACAACUUCAAGAGGAAUGCUUUGCAAAUCGCCUGCGGACAUGGGAACGAGAAGGUCGUCGACAUUCUGCUGAGUGCGGGGGCCAAGAUAAACGAAGUAUCCUCAACUCCCGCAACUCGGAGACCUGGGUCAACAAAUUCAUUAGUUUCAGUCACGCGGUACAACGGAAGAACAGCACUGCAGGCAGCAGCAGAGCGAGGACAUGUGCAUCUGGUUAGACGACUGUUGCAGCUGAGCGCAGAUGUAAAUGCUCCUCCGUCACCAUCAGCAGGCCUCACGGCAUUACAGGCUGCUGCCGGCGGCGGCUACACGGAAAUACUGAAGCUUCUCCUUGAACACGGGGCUGACAUCAAUGGGGCCGCAGCAAAGUACAAGGGCUACACUGCUCUCCAGGGAGCAUGUUUACGAGGUCAUAUCGAAGUGGUCGGCCUUCUCCUUGACAAAGGUGCCGACGUUCACGCAUUGGGAGGCGAGUACGGAGAUGGAAUGGCUCUACAUGCUGCAGCUGAGAGGGGUCACGUAGAUGUCAUCGAGAGAUUAUUGGCAGCUGGUGCUGAUGUAAAUGCUUGCAGUUUUAGGAGAGUAAGAGGACAGACUGCGCUUCAGAGCGCCGCGGUCGGAGGCCACGAUAAAGCAGUGCAAGUUCUAAGAGAACAGGGGGCUGUAGGAAGGACUGGGAGAGGAAGCUUUCUAUUUUCUUAAAUAUCAU